UCUUGCUGACAGGAGCAGGGAGGGAGGCACAGAGAAUGAGGUAGGGAAAAAAAGAGAAAGGGAGAGUUUAGGACUCCCCUUCAGGCAUCCGAACAAGUCUGGACUGUUCUGCUGCUGCUUGUGUUCAGCCCACGCUUUGCAACGCUGCCUCGGGAAUCAGAAAUAUCGUUCACAACCUUGACAGUCUCCUGCAGGGAUGCACCGAUACAAGUUCUGUUAUUGAGCAACAGUUCAUCAUUGUGGAGUUACCUUGGUGUUGUUUUCUGAAGCUGCGACAUCGGUAACUGGGAAUACACUAACGACUGCCUGUCCAGACACUGCACGGAGAGAUAAAGCUGGAUAUGCCACAGGUGGAAAGGUUAUGAAGAUGUGGAGUUGGGUAUUCACUGCGACCAUCCUCCUUUCCUCCAUAAAACAGACUGAAGCUCAAGGCAGGUGUAAUAAUGUUCAAGCAGCAGAUAUUGUCUUCCUGGUUGAUGGCUCUUCCAGUAUCGGCAGAGCUAACUUCCUGCAGGUCAAAGGCUUUAUGGCUGGAAUAGUAAAACCAUUCGCCAGUGCUGUCGGCGAGAGAGGGAUACGAUUUGGGGCCAUACAGUACAGUGACACCUCCAGAGUUGAAUUUACUUUCACUACCUACCUGAAUGGCACUGAGCUGGUCAACGCUGUGCAGAAUCUGAACUAUAAGGGUGGAAACACUCGUACUGGUGCUGGACUUAAGUUUGUGUCUGAUAACUUCUUCAACCCUGCAUCCAGUCGGGAUGUCCAAAAGAUUACUAUCCUGAUAACAGAUGGGAAGUCACAGGACAGCGUGAAGGAGCCAGCACAGAAGCUGCGCAGUCAAGGAGUGCAUGUUUUUGCGGUUGGUAUAAAGAGUGCAGACAGGACUGAGUUGGCUCAGAUCUCCUCCCAGCCCAGCAGUGAUUUCACCUCCUUUGUUGGAGACUUCAAACUGCUGAACACACUUCUUCCUCUUGUGAGCCCCCAAGUGUGCUCCAAAGCAGGGGGAGUGUAUGCCAGUGAUGAGGCUUUUACUGGCCCAUCCAACAUUCAGUUCACAAGCCAGACAAGUGAUUCUCUGAGGUUUCGUUGGACUCAAGCAGGGGGACCAGUGAGUGGCUACGUGGUCCAGUAUGUGCCCCUAUCUGGCUUAGGUCAGCCCACAACCUCUGAACUGCGACAGGAGACUCUACCUGCCAGCCAGAGGAACUUCAUCGCACGAGAGCUGAGGUCAGGAACUGACUACCUGGUGACCGUUAUUGCCCAAUACCCUAACAGUGUGGGAGAGUCUGUUUCUGCCAAGCAAAGAACAAGAUCUCUGCCAGGGGUCUCAAGUCUACGUCUGGUCCAGGCAGGCUUCUUCUCUCUGUCUGUGGGCUGGGAUCAGCCCUCCUCUCCUGUUCAGGGCUACAGACUCACCUAUGGACCACGAGGUCAGCCAGCCCCUCAGCUGUUGGAGCAGUCUCUGUCUGCAGACUCCAACUCCAUCACUCUGGAGUCCCUUCAACCCGACACAGAGUAUGUCAUCAGUCUCUACCCACUGUUCCCACGAAACUCUGCAUCCCCGUCCAUCCUCAACGCCCGCACAUUGCGCCUUGAGGCAGUGCAGCAGUUAUCAGUGGAGACAGAGUCAGAGGGCAGUGUUCGCUUGCGGUGGAGAGGCGUCAGCGGUGCGCGGGCGUACCGUCUGGUCUGGGGACCAUUUACAGGACGAAAUGUGGAGACCGUGGAGGUGGCUGGUGACAGCGAGUUCCAUACUUUGUCCAGACUGCUGGCUGACACUGAAUACAUCGUGACUGUCAUCCCACUGUAUGAGGGCAACACAGAGGGGCCCGUGGCUACAGCCAGGUUCAAAAUAGAGCGUCAGGAGAAGCAAACCCUCAGAGCAGCUACCACUGGCCCCUCUACUAUUCGCCUCACCUGGAGAAUUAUUCAGUCAUCUCAAGGGUACCGCCUGGAGUGGAGGGAGGGGGAAGGAGGUCGUGUCCAGACCCUGUCCUUUCCUAAAAGCACCACCAGCCAUGAACUCACAGGCCUUCUACCCAACACUGAAUAUAUCAUCACUCUGUACACCCUGUAUGAGGGUCGAGAGGAGGCCACACCUGUCUCCACAGCAUCCAGAGAGGAACAGCCAGUUGGGAAGGUGUCCAACCUAAGAGUGGUCGAGUCUCUGGGCAGCACAGUCAGACUAGGCUGGACAGGUGUAGCAGGGGCCACACAGUACCGCAUUGUUAUCCUGAACACAGAAGCUGGAACAGAAGAAAUCAGGAGUAUCCCAGGUAACCAAACGACCCUUGACCUCAGGGACUUGACAGUUGGAGUGUCUUAUGGUGUCAGCGUCACAGCGCUGGUGGGAGAAAAUACAGGAGAUCCUGUGACUGUCUUCAUCAAACCAGAGCAAGGUGCAGGCAGAGUGACAAACCUCAGAGUGACAAACACAAACGGUCGGAGACUUCGAAUUGCCUGGACAGGUGUUACAGGAGCCACAGGAUACAGGGUAACUUGGAGACAGGAAAACAGAGCAGAGCAGUCUCGUCUUCUUGGCAGAGAGGCCACGUCUUUCACUAUAGAUGGGCUGCAGCCAGAUGAGGCGCUGGUUAUUGGUGUUGCAGCUGUGGUUGAUCAAAGUGUUGGAGAAGCAGUCACACUCUCUGCUCGGACUAACCCUAAUGGUGGAUCAGUGUCUGGCCUUCGUAUCAUUGAUGUCACAUCUCAGAGGAUUCGCAUUUCCUGGUCACCCACCAUCCGGGCAACUGGCUACAAGAUCACUUGGCGGAGUGGUGAUGGAGUUGAGACAACUCGCAAUGUGCCUGCCGACAUCUCUUCCUACACCAUUGAUGGCCUACAGGCAGACUCUGCAUACAGCGUGUUAGUUUCCUCACUUAGUGGCUCUCGAGAGGGGAGUCCUUCCACCGUCAGUGUCAAAACAGAGUCAGAUUCUUCCGUGGUCGGGACUGUGACGUCACUGCAGGUCCAGGAGACUCGUGGAGAGGUUGUCCGAGUCACUUGGGUUGGUGUGCAGGGAGCAACAGCUUAUCGUGUGUCCUGGAAGAGAACCGAUGGUGGUCAGGAGAGGAGCCAGCUGGUUGGGGGAGACGUGACAGCAGUGGACUUAGACCGAUUGGACCCUGGAGCCCAGUACGAGGUGCAGGUCAUGGCUUUAGUUCGAAACAGAGAAGGAACCCCCGUGUCUGUCAGAGUCACCACACCUGGUACCACCACUCCUACCCAACAAGCUGCCACAACUUUACGUGUGGCCGAGAUUACCCAGAAUUCUGUGCGGCUUAACUGGAACCCACUACGAGGUACCACAGGAUAUAUUCUACGCUGGAGAGACCAGACAGAUCUUGGUCAAGGCUUCUCUGUCACACUCCCUAGUACCACCACCUCCUAUCAGGUGACAGGACUGCGUUUAGGCAGGCAAUAUCGCUUCACCAUUCAACCAACAUUUCAAACUGGAUUGGGAACAGAGACCUCUGCAGAUGAACACACAGUAUGUGUGGGUGGGCGUGUGGAUGUGGUGUUUCUGGUGCCUGCGUCUACUGAUCGUAUCCGCUUUGCAAGACCUCUGCGAGAUCUCCUCACCAGUGCAGCACGGUCGCUAAACACUAUCGGACCACGUGACUCCCAGGUUGGUGUUGUGGUGUACGGCUACAGACCCAAAAUAUGGUUCCUGCUUAACCGCCACAGCAGGUCUGACACUCUCCUACAAGAGAUCCAGUCCACUCCCUUUGAUGAAGUCCCAGGCAAUAACAUUGGUGAGGCAGUGACUUUCGCUAGACAGUACCUCCUGACCCCCUCAGCUGGACGCAGGCCGAGGGUCCCAGGUGCUGUUGUCAUCAUCUCGGAUCAAAAAUCAACAGAUAACCUCACUGUGCCAGCCAGUAGUCUGAGAGCGACAGGUGUGACUGUGUUAGCCGUUGGCAUAGAUCAGGCAAAUACUGAGGAGUUGCGUCAGGCGGUGACGGAUGGAAGCCCCCAAAACAUCUUGUAUGCCCGGGAUGGGGCACAGUUGGACGGCACACAUACUGAUCUGGCAGACUUGCUCUGUGGAAUAGCCAGAAUACCGGAGGGAACUCCAGGAACUGAACAGUGUACUGUUCAGUGCCCCCGGGGGGAGAAGGGAGAUCGUGGAGAGAGGGGUGAAAGCGGAAGAGAUGGCACAGAGGGGCGCAAGGGGGAGCCUGGCCGUGAUGGUUUAUCUGGGAGGGAAGGCCCCAGAGGAGCUGAAGGACGCCCAGGUCCUCCAGGUCCCCCGGGCCAAGCUGGCCCGUUUGAACCCUCAAGGACGGUGAAAGGAGAAAAAGGGGAGAGAGGAUUUCCUGGAAUUGAUGGAAGUCCGGGUUUGCCGGGACGACCAGGUGCUCCAGGAGCAGCAGGGCUCCCAGGUUCACAGGGCAUACCUGGUAUCAGAGGAGACCCAGGUGGAAGAGGUGUGACAGGGCCACCAGGAUCACAGGGCAGUAAAGGUGAAAGGGGUGAACCGGGCUCUGGUGGGUCUGGAGGGGGUCUUCCAGGGAGGAAAGGCGAGCCAGGCAUCCCAGGGAUACCUGGUACUCCAGGUCGGCCUGCCACUGAUGGGGCCAAAGGUUCCCUUGGCAGUCCAGGGACACCAGGUCAGGAUGGUCGUCCAGGUAUACCAGGAACACCAGGACUCUCCAUCAAGGGGGACAAAGGCAGCACGGGAGAGCGGGGACCUCCAGGAGUCGGCAGCGGGGUGGCCGUCAAGGGCGAGAGGGGCUCCCCAGGUACUCCAGGGACUCCAGGGGCUCAGGGUCCUCGAGGGCUGGCAGGAUCACCGGGCAACAAAGGAGACAAGGGUGACAGUGGUGAUGGGGUACCUGGACCUGCAGGCAGACAGGGAGAGCCUGGGGAUCGGGGUCCUCGUGGGCCUCCAGGAGAAAUCGGUACCAAGGGUGACCGAGGACAGCCAGGUGAGACCGGGUCACAGGGAGACAGGGGGGAGAGAGGACCAGCUGGUGAAACUGGAGAGAGAGGAGACCCAGGGAAGCCAGGCCUUGCAGGAACAGCAGGUUUAAGAGGUUUACCGGGGCCGCUCGGACCUGCAGGAGAAAAGGGAAACGAAGGAGCACGAGGGGAGCCCGGCAGGACUACUCCAGGUUUUCCAGGGAAGAAAGGGGACCAGGGCGAUCGAGGCCUGGCCGGUCCUGAGGGGUCGAGGGGAGAUAAAGGAGACAUAGGACAGAAAGGAGAGAGAGGGGCUCCGGCUUCAGGAGGAUCUGGUUCUGCUGGACCUAAAGGAGAUCCAGGCGAGAGGGGACUCGCUGGUAUCAAUGGCAGGCCGGGUGCCAAGGGUGAUUCAGGUGAACCAGGAGAGAGAGGGGAGAACGGACGGCCAGGCAUUCCAGGAAAGCCCGGACUUCCUGGGAAAGAGGGAGGGCCAGGAGAGAAAGGUGAUGAAGGCACACCUGGGGAGUCUGGCCUUCCAGGGAAGACAGGAGAGAGGGGGCUGAGGGGACUGGGCGGUCAGCCAGGACGACCAGGAGAGAAAGGGGACAUGGGUGACCCAGGAGAGCAUGGGCGAAAUGGCAGCCCUGGACCUGCCGGCCUGAGGGGAGAGAAAGGAGAUCUGGGCCCCCAGGGUCCUCCAGGACCACCAGGAAAAGUGGCUGACAUCCAGGGCCAGCUGAGAGGAGAAAGAGGAGAGAAGGGCGACGCUGGAGACCCCGGAGAGCACGGCGGCAAAGGUCAGAAAGGCGAAGCAGGGACUCCCGGAGCCGCAGGCCUCAGAGGUCCUGAGGGACAACGCGGGCCUGCAGGCACAAGAGGUGACGCAGGAGAGAGAGGAGCACCCGGAGAGAAGGGAGAAAGGGGAGCAUCUGGGUUAGAUGGACGUCCUGGUCUGGAUGGUAAACUAGGUCCAGCUGGAUCCCCUGGUCAGAGGGGUGAUCCUGGAAAACAAGGGGAUCCUGGGAGAGAUGGUUUACCUGGACUUAGAGGGGAACAAGGCCCUUCAGGGCCUGUUGGGCCUCCAGGUAUUCUAGGGACACCUGGUAAAGCAGGAGAAAAUGGCAAAGCUGGGGCCCCUGGCAAAAUGGGUGAGGAUGGCGUGCCAGGUGAAGACGGGAGGAAGGGUGACAAGGGAGAGUCAGGAGGAGCUGGAAGAGAUGGCCGUGAUGGGCAGAAAGGAGACCGGGGUCUGGCCGGGGCUGCAGGACCCGCUGGACCUUCUGGACCUCCUGGAGUACCUGGAAGCAUUGGUCCACCUGGACAGGUUAUUUAUGUCAAAGGGGCUGAAGCAGCGCCAAUCCCUGGUCCUCAGGGGCCUCCAGGAACCCCUGGCGUACCUGGGAUACCUGGAGCUUUGGGAGCCAGAGGCGACAGAGGUCAAUCCGGCCUUAAAGGUGAAGCUGGAGACCCAGGAGAGGACGGGAUGCCGGGCAAACCUGGAACAGCACUGGAUGUACAGAAAGCUUUGGCUGGCCUUGGCAUUCAGGUGUCUGAUCUGAAGGUGGUGGUGGACAGGAAGGACAUACCAAUCGCUCCCUCCGUGCAGAAGGCAGAGAAAGGUGAAAAGGGAGUCACCGGUGAACCUGGCCAACGAGGACCAUCUGGUCUAGAUGGUAUUCGUGGCAUUCCAGGUGAAAGAGGGUCUAAAGGAGACCAAGGGGAGCGAGGUCUUGCAGGGCUUACUGGGCCUCCAGGGAGAGCCAUUGGAGAGCGAGGGCCAGAAGGACCACCAGGACCUGCUGGAGAGCCAGGCAAGCCAGGAAUACCAGGAGUUCCAGGGAGAGCAGGAGAGCUUGGGGAGGCUGGUAGACCAGGAGAAAAGGGAUCCACUGGAGACAAAGGUGACAGAGGAGAAACUGGCAAAGGUGGGCUUGUGGGACCAGCCGGCCCACCAGGUCAAAAGGGAGCAUCUGCUGACUCAAUACUGAGCGGUGCGCCUGGGGUGCGAGGCCCUCCAGGACUUGCAGGACCGAAAGGAGAGCCUGGUGCUGCUGGGAUCCCAGGACUGAAAGGAGACCGGGGCUUUGCAGGACCUCGUGGAGAUAAAGGGGACAGAGGAGAGUCUGGAGAAAGAGGACGUGAUGGCUCACAGGGAACACCAGGAGAACCAGGAAAACCUGGACUGGAUGGGAAACCGGGCCUGCCUGGGUUCCCCGGAGUUUUAGGCAGACCGGGAAAUCCAGGAGAGCCCGGCGUAAGGGGACCAACUGGCCCCAUGGGUCCCAAUGGGCCUCCAGGUCCAGCAGGUGUUAAGGGUAAUCAAGGAGAGGCAGGUGUUGGUGUGCAGGGUCCUCCUGGUGCCCAAGGGAGCACAGGUCUGCCGGGACCACCAGGUCCUCCAGGAGCUGUGGGUCCACAGGGUCCUCCAGGACUACCUGGGCAGGUGGGUGAAGCGGGUAAACCAGGAGUCCCUGGCAGAGAUGGGAUCCCUGGCAAAGAAGGAAUACAUGGAUUAACAGGGAAGCAGGGCAUCGCUGGACCUCCAGGCCAGGCGGGCUUAAAGGGGGAGCAGGGAGACAGCGGUCCUCCUGGGAAGGCUGUGGCUGGACCACUUGGACCCAAAGGAGAACGGGGUUUACCUGGUCAAACGCUGCCAGGCGUGACUGGAGAGAGAGGUCUAGCUGGAGAAAAGGGUACCAGGGGAGAUAAAGGUGCUUUUGGUUCAAAAGGAGAGAGAGGAGUUGCUGGUGAAUCGGGGGAGCCUGGAGAAGAUGGGGAAAAAGGAUCUCCUGGGCCAAAAGGAGAUAAGGGAGAGAGGGGAAUCGGACUGGCAGGUCCUCCUGGUCGAGAUGGGCCUCAGGGUUUGAAGGGAGAUCCAGGCCUACCCGGUCCAGCUGGUCCUCCUGGACUGCAAGGGAAAUUGGGUGGUAUUGGGCAGCGUGGCCCAGGGGGAGAACCUGGACAACCAGGACCACCAGGACCACCAGGGGAGAGGGGUCUCCAAGGAUUUGCAGGCCGAGCAGGAAACGUUGGACCACCUGGCCCUGCUGGACCACCCGGACAGGCAGGCGCUCCCGGCACCAAUGGGAUCAAAGGGGACAAGGGGGGAGUCGGUGUAGGGGUCCCCGGUGUCAGUGGAGAGAGAGGAGUUGCAGGGCCCAGAGGGGAAGAGGGUCGUGCUGGCGUGGACGGGGAAAGAGGGUCAACGGGUGCACCAGGAACUCGAGGAGCUCGGGGAGAAAAGGGAGAUGGCGGGCUGCAAGGUGACAAAGGAGAGAAGGGGGACACUGUGCUCGUUGGAGGACCACCUGGAGAAAAGGGCAUCAAAGGAGAAACAGGGGACAGGGGACCCAAAGGUGUGCAAGGAGAAAAAGGAGUGAAAGGCCAAGAGGGACCUGCUGGGGAGUUGGGUCUGAGAGGUGAGCCAGGAGAAAGAGGAUCCACUGGAUUUCCAGGUGCACGUGGCCCUGGUGGACAGAAGGGUGAAGCCGGCCUACCUGGAGUACCCGGUGAAUCGGGUUUACCAGGAAAAGAUGGGCUGCCUGGGCAUAAGGGGGGAAAGGGAGAGAUUGGCAUCGUUGGAAUGAGAGGAAUCAAGGGUGACCGAGGACCCAAAGGGGCCUGUGGAAACGAUGGAGCAAAAGGAGACAAGGGUGAUUCUGGUAUUAAUGGAAGACCAGGCCUGCCAGGAAGAAAAGGGGAACAGGGGGACCUCGGACCAUCUGGCCCCACAGGUGCACCCGGAAAAGAGGGAAUUGUCGGCCCGAAGGGAGACAGGGGUUUUGAUGGAGUUGCUGGACCCAAAGGAGCUCAGGGAGAGAAAGGUGAAAGGGGUCCUCCGGGGGUCCCUGGUCCCCCUGGUCCAAGAGGAGUAGAUGGGGCUUCAGGGUUGACUGGCACCCAGGGACCAGCUGGUGCUAAAGGCCCAGAAGGGCUCCAGGGACAGAAGGGAGAGAGAGGUCCAAUUGGUCCUGCCAUGGUGGGUCCACGUGGUAUACCAGGAAUCCCAGGAGAGCGAGGACGAACUGGAGAGUUGGGCCCAGAUGGAACAAAGGGAGACAGAGGAGAGCCAGGCAUGACGGAGGAUGAGGUCAGAGAGUACGUUCGCACAGAGAUGAAUCAGCACUGUGCGUGUGGAGGUUCGGGCCCAGUAAUUCGCUCCCAGCCCACGGUCAGGGCUCGGCCUGCUCCAGAGCAACAAGUGGCCGUGAAGGGUGAGGCGGAGGGCCGUGAGCUGCGUGUGGUGGUCAACACCAACGACCCGGACUACGAGCACAUCUACUCCAUCGAGGCCUAUGACGAGCCACUGGAUGAACAGAUCCUCUUCUCUCCCUCUGCCAACCAGAGUGAUGGUAAGGCUGUCAAAGCUGGAACUGACAAAACUGUCAAAGUUGAAGCAAAGAAAUUAGGCAGUUCUGCUGUUAAGAGAGCAGCAUUUGUUGAUCAGAAAGCAGUCAAAGUAACACCCGUGAAAGCAGACAAGCUCAAGUCAGUCAAGUCCAAGAAGAGAGUCACAGGGGAAGCUCCAGCAGACCUGUGCCAGCUGCCCAUGGAGGAGGGCAGCUGCGGGCGAUACACUAUGCGCUGGUACUUUAACAGUCAGGUUCAGGCCUGCAGGCCUUUCAUCUACAGCGGCUGUGAGGGAAACGACAACCGCUUCAUUCAGCUGGAGGAUUGUGAAGAGGCCUGUCUUGGGAAAGUCAAAGGACCAGAUACCUUGAUGACAGCACGGUGAUUGUGGCCAAAUCCUCCUCAGCUACAGGAAUUUUAGCCUUUUAAUUGCUUUUUAUUGAUCAUUAUUUUGUCAAAUGUAUAUGGUUAAGAUUUUUCUGUUUAUUUAUUGAUUCUUUGAACCCAAACAAACUGUUACCCAGGUUGAAUGGAUACCAGAGUGCCUCCUUCUUUAUGUUCUAAAAUCCAAGGAAAAAGGCAAACUAUACACUGUUUAUUAGGUUGAAAUAUUCCUUUACUGUUUGUGCAGGGAUAAACAGUUGCACCCCUUGAAGCAACUUCUUUUUAAUCAUAUUUCACCCUCAUUUUCAGCAUUAACUAUGCCCCAGUAUUAGGUGCUACAGGACUUUUUCCUUUUCACGCUGCACAAAGAUGAGAUUUACAUCUGCAUACAGAGAGGGAGCAGACAAAUGGUGUGACACCUCCCGUGGAAUGCAAUAUUCCUGCAGUAAAUACCAAAUUGGUGAGGCUGUUUGUAGUGUUGUUUAAUUAUUAUGAGUGGUUACAUGAAGCGUUUUUAUUCAUCCAAUUAUCGGAACAAAAUAUCCAAUAAAAGUUUGACUCUGUUUGGAACUAAUGAUUCAUGAACUGAGUUCAUAACACAGAAAGAUGUGCUUCUCUGACUCCCAUUGUUUGGUAUUUUAAACUACUUUGUUUCAUUUUUUUCAAAAGGUGCUUAUUUUUCUGUUAAGAAUUUUCUGCUUCACUGCUUUAGACUCAGAUUCGUCGGAUGGGGUUGUAGAGGGUUGAAAUUAUUUUGUUUUGCAGUCAUUUAAUUCUGUCAGCGUCAUUAAUCCGAUUGACAAUAAAAGAGAGAAGGUUUAAUAUGACCAGUGUUCCCCUUAACUACUGGUUAAUUUCAUAACAAUUUAAGUACCACUGAUAAAAGCACCUUCUAUAAUCUAAGCCUAUUUUUCUUCUGAAUUUCACAAGUGAAAAAGAUCUCUAUAUUAAGGCAGGCAUGUACUGCCUCUUGGUAGUUGUGGCUGCUUUUGUCAUCAUGAUUUGCAACAGCUUUUACCUAGACUGAUUUAAAUGUCUUACUGUUACACUUGAAACAUUAUAAAAAAGAGUAGCCUCUCAUAAACACUGAAUAAAAUACAUAAUGGGACAUCUUUCACCAAACUGAUAGUUACUGCAAGGAUGUUGUAUUGUAAAGAUUGUUAUUAUCAUCCGCUGACUCCCAUAAUGUGUGAAGUGUGCAACAUUCAAAACUACAUCAUAGACUAGUAAAGUAGGUGAGGCUGUGUGUUCUGGAAGUAUACUUAUUGUUUUUAAUGAGCAUUUGAAAGAUGUUUUCUACUGAUAGUUGCGGAGAUAAAUCAGCCAUGUUUUAGUUAAGUGAGACAAUUAUUUGCAGUCUCUGCAGCCAAAGUUGUGGAGGAGACAUAGCUUCAAUAAAGAACAAAACACCAUCACUAUAACUUCUGAAGCCAUUCAAAAUGAACCAAAAGGAUGUAUUUUUAUACUGCUUAAUGUGCAGCAGUAUAACAGCAUAAUCUAUUUUUUAUUCCAUUUUUUCAGGCAUAACAGGACGCUUUAAUUGAAGCAGUAGAUUUCCCACUGCAUGAUUAAAAUAGUAUAAAUAAACCAGAAGAUGGAAGCCUUCAGAAUGUCUUUAUUUCAAGUGUCUCCGCAGAAAACAAACAGGUCUUACUUUCAGAACUCUAGAUGCCAAAAAUCACUCAUCCCUCUUCUCUUCACUGCAGCUAUGCAAGCACAACUAUAUUGGGUUAAUAUAAUGGUUUCUCAUUCGUAUUAAAUAUGAAGAAUCAAGCACAGUAUUCUGCCAAUAUUUUGUACAUAAUGUGUUAUUGUUGGGGGAAGUUGUGUUACUGAUCAUGACUGCAUGUUUGCCUGCCAGAGAAAAAGGUGCUAUUUUUAAAGGUAUUUUUAUACUGUGUAUUGACAUUGAAAGCUUCUGUUUUUGUGGUGAAAAACCACUCUGUUUUUACUGUAUUAUAUAACAUUUAAUAAGUAUUUCUAAUAAACCAAAUGCUUGAGUACAAAA